CAAAAAGGUAAUUUGUAGUUUUCAACACAAUUUUGGAAGAUUUCUACUGCGAAUUCAUUAUAUCUACAACACGUCAGUCUGUUCACCUGUCAUAGAAGCUAAAUAUUUCUCCAGAAAAAUGAUAGUUUUUAUAUAAAAAGAGAUUAUUGCAAUGUCUAACCACGUCUUUGUGACAGAGUUCAUUGAAAUAUAUAGAAUGCAUUCCUGCUUAUGGAACAAAAAAGAUCCGCAUUAUCACAAUAAUCGAAAAAGAGAAGCAGCUUAUAAUAUCUUGUUGAAAAAAUGUGAAGAAUAUGAUGUAAAUGCGACUAUGGCAAUGGUGAAAAGAAAAAUAAAUAGUUUACGUUCAGCAUAUAAAAAAGAAUUGAACAAGGUUAAAGAAUCCACUAAAAGUAGAAUUGGAACCUCUGAAAUAUAUGAACCAUCGUUGUGGUACUUUGAUUUAUUUAAAUUCCUUGAGGAUCAACAGGAUGUCCGUGGUCUAACCUUGGAUAACACAAUAGAUGAUGAAGAUGAGGAGGAUUUUGAGGAUGGGAAUUAUCCACAAGUAAAUGUUCCACAUAAUUUACUUGAUGAAGAAGAUGAUAUAGGAGAAGAAUCAACGUAUCUAUCCAGUUCUUCAGAAUCCAUACCCCGUAAAAAUGAAAAUAGAGAAAACGAAACAUCUCAAUCUCCACGAUUCAAACGAAAAUCCAGUUUCAAAUAUAUAUCAAAUAAAAAACCUCUGCGAUUAUUAACUGACAAAUUAACUAAAAAUAAAGCUACUACAGAAGGAGAAUAUGCAACAUUUGGUAGUUAUGUUGCGGCAGAAUUAAGAAAUAUGCCAUCUGAAAUGAUACCUUUUGUAAAAAAAAUUAUAAACGAUGCUAUAUUUGAAGGACACAUGAAAUCCCUGAAUAAAACCUCUUCGAUAAAGACUGAUGCUAUUGAGCAAGGUCCAUGUUGGCCGCCACAACAAUUAUAUGAAACAGGUUCAACGCAGCCACAGAGAAAUUUUCUCAAAAACGAAUACACACCAACUAGAAGUCCAAUAGCGAAUGCAGAAAUUAGUUAAACACAAUUCAAACGUUUUUAUGCAUCAACUAUAUUUUAAAGUUUCAUUAUGGUAGAGAUUUUAUUUGAGUCAUUCUCAAUUUUUGCCUUGAUUACUGUAAUUAUGGUUUUACAAGUUUCAAAGUAUGAUACUAAAACUAUGAACAGAUACCACACUAGGAAAUCUGAAAUAACUGAGCAUUGUUCUAACUUCUCAUCUUGUGAAAAGCAAUUUUCAAAAUACUCUGCUAUUUGGUAUGGCACUGUGCUUAUUUGUGCUUCACAUCUAGAUCUUAUAGCUCUAUUAUCUCCUAAGAUGUUUUAUUUAAUCAAAAUCUGAACAGUAGAACAGGAUUCAGGCAAUUCCACGUUUGGGCAUACUCAGUGUACAGUGCAUCCCAUUUUGGGCGAGACAGCCAGGUUUCCUGCUUGUUAUUUGAGAUAGAGCUUUGCGGUUUUCACGUUCCUGUCCUACUUUUUCGUGAAACUCAAGUUGGUCUAAUCAGAU